UGAGAAAGUUCUCGGCCUUCGGAUCUUGCCAGCGGCCCUGCGGCUGCCCCGGCUCCGUCCGGGACUCUCCCCGCCCGACCCCUGCACGCAGCCGGCGCUCCCGCGCGCCUGCGCCCUGGCCACGGCGUCAGAAGUCAAAGUAAGAUAAUCAGGCUCCAUCUCAGAGGGUUGUUGGAAAGACCAAGUGAGCAAAGACGUGGAGAGAAAGCACUUAGAACGAAGGCUGUGAGGCUGGAAUUUGGAGUUUGACCCGCAAGGAGGCUCUCAGCUGUAGGCGGUGCAGGAGAGGGCGGCCACCUUCCUCAGGCUGUGAGGGAGAAGGAGCCCGGGGGGGGGCCCCCCCGGCUUCUCCACGACCUCCUUCUGCCUCAGAAACCACCGGCAGGGCUCAGGGCAGGUGAGCCCUGCAUCAGAAGAAGAUGGGAAUGUAAACCUCAGCCCAGCCCAGCCUACAGGCCUGCUGUCUCCCAAGGACCCAAAGAGAUAACGAUUGAGAGUGUGCUCAGCACCAUGGAGAGUACCCCCGGCAGCCCUCAGCCCACCGAAUCAGAUCCCCUGGAGGCUUUUCCCCAGAGGAGCCUGGAGCCAGGUGACAUUGCCGUGCUGGUUCUGUACUUCCUCUUCGUCCUGGCUGUUGGACUUUGGUCCACAGUGAAGACCAAAAGAGACACUGUGAAAGGCUACUUCCUAGCCGGAGGGGACAUGGUGUGGUGGCCAGUGGGUGCGUCCUUGUUUGCCAGCAAUGUUGGAAGUGGGCAUUUUGUAGGCCUGGCAGGGUCAGGCGCUGCUGCAGGCCUUUCUGUGACUGCUUAUGAGUUGAAUGGCUUGUUUUCCGUGCUGAUGUUGGCCUGGAUCUUCCUGCCCAUCUAUAUCGCUGGUCAGGUCACCACGAUGCCAGAAUACCUAAGGAAACGCUUUGGUGGCAACAGGAUCCCCAUCAUCUUGGCUGUGCUCUACCUGUUCAUCUACAUCUUCACCAAGAUCUCGGUGGACAUGUAUGCAGGCGCCAUUUUUAUUCAGCAGUCUCUGCACCUGGAUCUCUACCUGGCCAUAGUUGGGCUGUUGGCCAUCACGGCUCUGUACACGGUUGCAGGUGGCCUGGCUGCUGUGAUCUAUACGGAUGCCCUACAGACUCUGAUCAUGCUCAUAGGAGCACUCAUCCUGAUGGGCUACAGUUUCGCUGCGGUCGGGGGGAUGGAAGGCCUGAAGGAGAAGUACUUCUUGUCCCUGGCUAGCAACCGGAGUGAGAACAGCAGCUGUGGACUGCCCCGAGAUGAUGCCUUCCAUAUUUUCAGAGACCCACUGACAUCUGAUCUCCCGUGGCCCGGGAUCCUAUUUGGAAUGUCCAUCCCGUCCCUCUGGUACUGGUGCACAGAUCAGGUGAUCGUUCAGCGGUCUCUGGCGGCCAAGAACCUGUCCCAUGCCAAAGGAGGCUCUCUGAUGGCUGCCUACCUGAAGGUGCUACCUCUCUUCAUGAUGGUGUUCCCUGGAAUGGUCAGUCGUGUCCUCUUCCCAGAUCAAGUGGCUUGUGCAGACCCCGAGACCUGCCUGAAGGUCUGUAGCAAUCCUUCUGGCUGCUCAGACAUCGCGUAUCCCAAACUUGUGCUGGAACUCCUGCCCACAGGGCUCCGUGGGCUCAUGAUGGCUGUGAUGGUGGCGGCGCUCAUGUCCUCCCUCACCUCCAUCUUUAACAGCGCCAGCACCAUCUUCACCAUGGACCUCUGGAAUUACAUCCGGCCCCGGGCAUCUGAGAGGGAACUCAUGAUUGUAGGCAGAGUGUUUGUGCUGUUGCUGGUGCUCAUCUCCAUCCUCUGGAUCCCCGUGGUUCAGGCCAGCCAAGGGGGCCAACUCUUCAUUUACAUCCAGUCCAUCAGCUCCUACCUGCAGCCACCCGUGGCUGUGGUCUUCAUCAUGGGAUGCUUCUGGAAGCGGACCAAUGAAAAGGGUGCCUUCUCAGGUCUGAUCUUGGGCCUCCUCCUAGGCUUGGUUCGACUGGUCCUGGACUUUGUUUACGUGCAGCCGCGGUGUGACCAGCCCGAUGACCGCCCUGCCGUGGUGAAGGACGUCCACUACCUCUAUUUCUCCAUGAUUCUAUCCGCAGUCACUCUGAUCACUGUUUCUGCUGUGAGCUGGUUCACGGAGCCACCCUCCAAGGAGAUGGUAAGCCGCCUGACCUGGUUUACUCGUCAUGACCCUGUGGUCCAGAAGGAACAGCAGCUCCCACCAGCAACUCCCCUGCCUCUUCCCGUCUCUCAGAACGGGGCUCCAGAGAGCAGCAUCACCACCAUCCAGUUGGAGAUCAUUCAAGAAAACACAUCCAAACCCCACAGCUGUGACACGACGCCAGAGCAGUCCAGAGUGGUCCGGGCCGUCCUGUGGCUCUGUGGGAUGGAGAGCCGGGGCAAGGAGGAGCCCCCCAGCAAAGCGGAGCCCGUCAUCGCCUCCUUGGAAGAAAACCCACUGGUGAAAACCAUCCUGGACAUCAACCUCAUCGUGUGUGUUAGCUGCGCCGUCUUCAUCUGGGGCUACUUCGCUUAACACGGGGCGACCCCAGGGCUGCAGGCGCUCGGUCUCUUUCCCAUGCUCUGUUUUUGUAAUGAAAGAAUAUAAAUAAUACAGCUUUGUUUAGCA